GCUAUAAGGCCCUAAUGUGCAAUGUCAGGAAAGGAAAAUCCAAGGUCAUCGUGCCUAAUAGUACAAUGCAAAAAUGGAAGGAGGCAUGGAGUAGCCCAGAGUUUAAAGCCAAGAGCCAUCAAUUCACUGCUAACCGUUGUAGUGAGAUAGGGGGAGUUGGGGCAGGCAUCUCUAGACACACAGGGGGUUCAGUUUCACAUGCUACUCACGCAGAUAGAAUGGAAGCCCAGCUUGGCCGAAGACCUUUUCCUUAUGAACUUUUCCAUAAGACCCACACUAGGAAAGGCACCUCCGAUAUGGUUGAUUCACGAGCGCAAUCAAUUAAGGAUGCAUUUUUGGCGCUUAAGGAGCAGUCGUCUCAACCACAAGAGGGGUGCAGUGACCCUCCUAUUGUAGAUGAGGUCGCACUAUAUUAUCAAGUUGUGGGGGGGGAGAAGAAGAACAGGGUUUAUGGCAUUGGAUCUCAAGCAUCAAUUUUUUACCCUAGCUCAUCACAUGGAUCAUCUUCUACUGCAUCCUAUUGUGCUCAGUCAGAGGCAAUGCAGGAAGAGAUUCAACAAUUGCAUCAGACUAUUGCAACGCUCAAGGAUAGUUUGGUUGCAAUGGAGGAGAGAGAUCGACAACGCGAGUUGAUGCUAGAGGAGAGAUAUAGACAACGUGAGCAGACACUGGAGGAGCGCAUGCAACAAAUGAUGCAAAACAUGAUGUCACAAAUGAUGCAGUCUGCGGUUACAUUCUAA